GAAUGUUAAAUAUACAAUAUAGGCAUCUAAAUAAAAAUUGUGUAAAGACAUGUGUAGCUGAUUGGACCCAUAACAUGACACAUUGUUGGCAGAAGUUCUUGCUUGCAUGUGCUACACUAACUAUUUUUCUAUGUACAACAAAGUGCAGUGAACUUCUACAGUAUGAUGCUGCUAAGGACGGUCCAAAGGAAAUAAAAGAAGUUGAUGCUUCGUUUUUUGUUGACAAGAAAUCUGAAAAGCAUGUCAUUCGACCUGCCAAAGAUGGAGCAAUCAAGGAUGAACCUGAAUCAUCAGCUGAUAUUCAAGCAACAAAACGUCAAUUAGAUUAUAGUUUUUUACAUGCAUUCAUAGCAUCCAUAUCUGUUAUUAUAGUAUCCGAACUUGGUGAUAAGACUUUCUUCAUUGCUGCCAUUAUGGCGAUGAGACACUCAAGAAUUAUAGUUUUUACAGGUGCAAUAGGUGCACUCGGCUUAAUGACUGUUUUAUCUGUAUUUCUUGGUUAUGCAACCACUGUUAUACCGAGGGUGUAUACCUUUUAUAUCUCCACAGCUUUAUUUGCCAUAUUUGGUUUAAAAAUGUUAAAAGAAGGUUAUGAUAUGGAUCCUAACGAGGGGCAAGAGGAACUAGAGGAAGUGUCUGCUGAAUUGAAGAAAAAAGAAGCAGAGAUGGAGGCUGCAGAGACAUCACCAGACGUGGAGACUGGUUUUAUAGGGUCAAAAAUAAAACGGUCAAAAUUGUAUCGACUUCUUUCUCACUUCUGUUCACCUAUCCUUAUACAAGCUUUUACAAUGACCUUCCUUGCAGAGUGGGGCGAUCGGUCUCAAUUAACAACAAUUAUUUUGGGUUCCAGAGAAAAUCCUCUUGGCGUUGCAAUCGGUGGCACCAUUGGACACGCCCUUUGCACAGGUUUAGCUGUCUUGGGAGGAAGGCUAAUAGCGCAAAAAAUAUCUGUGAGAACAGUUACACUGAUUGGAGGUGUGGUGUUUUUGAUAUUUGCUGCAUCAGCAUUAUUUCUAGGACACGAGUAAUUAUAGUUCUUAUCUCAACACAAGUACUAGAGUGGAGAUGUGACAAAAUAAAUCUCUGUAACUUUCAUUGUCAUUUUUUGUUGUUGUGGUUGUGGUUUUAACGUGAGACCACUCUUUCCGCAGUUUGGAAACAAUACGUGUGAUAUGACCUGUUUCGUCAGCAUUUUAGGUUACGAAAGAGGCAAGUAUUUUUCUGUUUACUUGUGUUGAGAAAUAUUAGAGGUUUAGUUUAUUAUUUAUGUGCGUUUAUAUUUUUUUAGUUUUUACGUUGAUUUCAUAGAAAAUGAAAAAUAGAUUUUAAACUUUGCGUCCUUAAAUAGUUUUUCGCUGGUGUUUUUAUCAAUCCAGGCUAUAUACUUUCCUUGACGUGGUGAGCUCAGAAUACAGCUUGAUUUGUUUCAUAUUAAUGUGAACGUCUUCAUUAAAAAAUAAUUUAUUUUAAGCGAAUUUUGGUGUAACUUUUUUGUAGCUCUUUCGCCAGGAAUUCAUUGUGGAAAUAUUUUUUUUAUGAUACUGUUCGGGUCGGGUUGCGCUAGACAAGUUUUAAAUACGGCCAACAUCAAGGAGUAUGGAGUUUAAGCACAUGUACAGUGGAUUUCGGCCCAAUCGUCUGAUGAAUAAAUUAUUUAUUAUCGUAAAUAAAUAGUUUGCGUAAA